UGCAACCGCUUGUAACCGCUGCAUGUUUUUACCGAAGCGGCGCAUGGCAUAUACUUCAAACCGUUUUAUGCAGUACAGCGGUGUAGUUUGCCUCUUCAACCUUCCAAAGGAGACUUUUUAACGAGGACGUUCCUGUGAAAGCUCAUAAGUGUCGUUCGGACAGACAACCAUCAUGUUUUGGGGUGUGACUCUGGAAAGCGGGAAGCGGUACACGCAGGUGGUGGACAGUACGUUCCACGUGUCCAUGGCUGCAUUGGAGCCACUUCAAAAAGAGCCUUCGGAAAAAUAUGUGAAGCUCAUGAUCGAGCACCGCAACGCUGACUUUCUGCUUUGCGUGCUGAAGUACAACGAUGUCCUGCAAGUUGCGCUUGACCUCAACUUUGUGGAAGGGGAAGAAAUCUGCUUUUACCUGAAUGGAGCCGAAGGGACGGUCCACCUCUCGGGAUACCUCUCGGAGUUUGACAACAUGCCAGACCUGGAUGAAGAGGAUGAGGCGGAUGAAGAGAAUGCUUCGGACGAAGAAGGUUCAGAGGAUGACGAUGUCCCUACUCGCAACAAAAUGCUCACACUAGUGGACUUAGAAGCCGAAGAGAGCGAUGACAGCGAUUUUGACCCAGACAAAGAAGUGAAAAAAAAAGUGAAGGCAAAACAGAAACCAGAGAAGAAGGCUUCUGUCUUUGAUAACUCAGCCGGCGACGAGGAGUCAUCCGACGAGGACGUCAUGCCGGAUGAGUGGGAAAACCAAUCUGACGACGACAGUGAUGAAGAUGAGGAAGAUGAUGAGGACAGUGGUGGUGAUGAUGAUGAUGAUGAUGAGUCUGAAGAGGAAGAGGUGCCAAAACUUGUCAGUCAAAAGCGCAAGAGAGCUGAAAACGAUUCAAAGAAGAGCAAUGCACUCAAGGGGAAACAGGAGCCCAAGCAGCAACAGAAGAAUGAAUCCAUGAGCAGUGUCACCACCCAAGAAAUGUCUCCCGAGAAGGCAGGUACCCCUUCUAAGAGGAGGCAAAGAAAUAAAAAAAGAAAGACUGAAGAAAAUAACGUAGCAGAAAAAAGUAGUCCAGCAGCCGGAGCAUCCAAGGUCCAAGGAGGAACGGUGCUCGCAGGGGGUGUCCGCAGCCAAGAUCUUCUCGUCGGGAGCGGUCCAGUUGCAAAGCGUGGCAAGAGGGUCCACGUUUAUUACACGGGAAGGUUACCGAACAGCAACAACAAGCAGUUUGAUGCCUGCCAGUCCGGAAAGCCCUUCUCUUUCAUAUUGGGCCGAGGAACUGUCAUCAAGGGAUGGGACACUGGCAUUGAAGGCAUGAAAGUCGGAGGAAAGAGACGGCUUGUCAUUCCACCCAGCCAGGGUUAUGCCAACAAUCGUGUCGGAAGCAUUCCAGCAAAUUCCAUGCUGGCCUUUGAUGUGGAGCUCAAGGCUGUCUCCUAAGUUGUAUAUCAUUGCUUCCCGAUUUUAAUUUUAGUUUUAAAUAAAUCAAACUUUGAAACCAGG